AUGAAACUCGGCAGCGGCUUCCUCGGCGGCGGCAAGAGGGCGGCGGCCAUGGAGCCAGCGUUCCCCCCCGGCAUGGUGAUGUUCAACCACCGCCUGCCCCCGGUCACCAGCUUCGCCCGGGCGGCCGCGCCCCCCUCGGCGGCCCAGCACCCCCCGCAGUGCGUGUUACCUCCGGCCGCCGCCGCCGCUUCCUCCACGGCGGCGGGCGAGCCCCCGGCGCCUCCGCCCCCGCAGGACGUGACUUUCAAGAAGGAGCCGGCGGGGGCUUUCCCCUCCGCGCCCUCCUCGCAGAGGAGCCCCUGGGGCUUUCUGCAGUCCCUGGUGAGCAUCAAGCAAGAGAAGCCCAGCGAACAGGAGGAGGAGCAGCAGCACCAUCACCACUACGGGGGGCUUUUCGGGGGAGCGGCGGAGGAGAGACCUCCCGGCCUGGGCAGCGGCGAAGGAACCGGCCAGAGCGUGAUCCAGGACCUCAGCCUUCUUCACCACCUGCACCAGCAUCCCCACCGAGACCUGCUGCUGACUGGCAGAGGCGAGGGCGCUCCAGGGAGCACGGGUGAGCCAAAGCACGACGCCCAGGUCAAGAAGGCAAAGAGGCCAAAGCCAGAAACUCAGGGAAUCAAAGCCAAGCGGAAGCCAAGCGCUUCAUCCAAACCCCCCCUGGUGGGAGAUGGGGAAGGCGCCGUCGCGUCCCCCAGCCAGAAACCUCACGUCUGCGAGCACUGCAGUGCUGCCUUCAGGAGCUCCUAUCACUUGCGCAGGCACGUGCUCAUCCAUACCGGGGAGAGGCCUUUCCAGUGCAGCCAGUGCAGCAUGGGCUUCAUCCAGAAGUACCUGCUGCAGAGACACGAGAAGAUCCACAGUAGGGAGAAGCCUUUUGGGUGUGACCAGUGUAGUAUGAAGUUCAUCCAGAAGUACCACAUGGAGAGACACAAGAGGACGCAUAGUGGAGAAAAGCCAUACAAAUGUGACACUUGUCAGCAGUAUUUUUCAAGGACUGAUAGACUGUUAAAGCACAGAAGAACGUGUGGUGAAGCCAUAGGUAAAGCAGGGGCUGGAAUGGAGCCCGGAUCGUCAAAUAGCAUGGGUAGCUUGGCUGCAUUGUCUCAGGGAAAUACAAGUUCCUCAAGGAGAAAAAGUAAAACAAAAAAUACAUCCACUGAAAACAAAGGAAACAAGUGUAGCAGCAAACUAGUUGAAUCUCAAGUUACAAGUAAUGUGACCAUGCCGAGUUAUGCAGUUGAUAUUCCUAUUGUGUCUUCCAGUGGUGGUCUAGUUGGCACAGGCAUAGAAGAACUUCAAAAAAAGGUGCCAAAAUUGGUCUUGAAAAAAACAAGCAGAAAACAAGCAGACAAAAAUUACCUUAAUUUUGUGUCACCACUGCCAGAUAUUUUGGGGCAAAAACCACUGUCUGGGAAACCAAGUGGCUCUCUAGGCCUAGUAGCCAAUACCGGUGUAGAAACUAUUGGCCUUCUCCAAAGUACAGGUGGUAAACCGGGUCAAAUAAGUAGCAAUUAUGAUGAUGCCAUGCAGUUUUCAAAGAAAAGAAGAUACUUACAAACUGCAAGCAGUAACAGUGCCUUUUCACUUAAUGUCGGACACAUGACUUCGCAGCAGUCCGUCAUCCAGUCUCCGGGUGUUAGCGUUAUGGAUAACGAAGCUCCUUUAUCUCUCAUCGAUUCAGCAUCUUUGAACAGUGAAAUAAAGUCUUGCCACGACAAGUCUGGUAUUCCUGAUGAAGUCUUACAGAGCCUUUUGGACCAGUAUUCUCACAAAUCGGAAGGCCAGAAAGAAGAUCCGUUCAGUAUAACUGAACAGCGUGUGGACUUGCACACCUCAGGAGAACAUUCAGACAUGGUUCAGGAAGAAAACUUGAGCCCUAACUCUCAAACAGUUUCAAAUGAUAAGGCAAGCAUGUUGCAAGAAUACUCAAAAUACCUCCAACAAGCCUUUGAAAGAACAACCAACAGCACUGGUUUUGCUUUUGGACCCAGUUUCCAGUUUGUUAGCUUGUCUUCAACUCUCCAUAACCACACUCUGUUUCCAGACAAACAGAUAUACACUACAUCUCCACUUGAGUGUGGCUUCAGCCAAUCCGUUACCUCAGUAUUGCCAACUGCGUUGCCAAAGCCUCCCUUUGGGAUGUUGCUUGGCUCUCAGCCAGGCUUUUAUUUGUCUGCUUUGGAGGCUUCGCAUCAACAGUUGACUCCUUCUCAAGAGCUGGAUGAUCUCAUCGAUCCACAGAAAAACUUAGAGACUUCAUCGAACUACCAGUCAACAUCUCAGAAACUGACUGGCCAGAAGGAACAGAAAAACUUAGAAUCCUCAACGAGCUUUCAGAUCCCAUCUCAGGACUUAACCAGCCAGAUAGAUCCUCAGAAGGACAUAGAGCCUAGAGCAACCUACCAGAUCGAGAACUUUGCACAAGCGUUUGGUUCUCAGUUCAAGUCGGGCAGCAGGGUGCCAAUGACUUUUAUCACUAACUCUAAUGGAGAAGUGGACCAUAGAGUAAGGACUUCAGUGUCAGAUUUCUCAGGGUAUACAAAUAUGAUGUCUGAUGUAAGUGAGCCAUGUAGUACACGAGUGAAAACCCCAACCAGCCAGAGUUACAGGUAA